UUGCCAUUGCCGCUACCACUGCCGUUCGCUCGCUCGCUCGCUCGUUCGAUCGCGCGCGCAGGGUCGCUAGUAGUCGUUCUUUCUUGUACGAGUCGCACUCGACGUCUUACGUAGCACCUGCCGACCAGUGACGGCGUUCACGUGCUACGACGGCAGUUCAGUUUUAAUCGUGCGUACAUCGAGCUGAUCGUGCUGAUCGACAGUGAUCGAGAUAAUAACCGUCACUUUCGGUGCUUUCGAUCGACGUAAUUUGUGCGAUGCCACUGUCAUCCUUUUUUUUAAAAAGAUUGCUAACACUAAACUUGAAAUAGUAAAUACUUGCCGAUUUCGCGGUAAGACGUUCAAAUAUCUCGAUAAUCGAAAACAUCUAGAUCUCGAUCAUCAAAAGCAUCGGAUCGCACAAGUUUCGACUUAUAUCGUGGUCGGUAGGAUUAUUCGCGCAAGUCGUGAAUUGUUGCAUUCGCGCCACUACGAGCUACUACGCGCGUCGCGAUUGAUGAGUACACUGUACGAAGCGGGUUAAACCGAUCGAGUGUGAUAAGACGAGGCUGACAUCGUGUCGCGUCGGUGCGCAGCGAAUCAUACGAUGAGCGACGGUAUAGUCGGUGCAAUUGCGAUCAGUUUGUUCGGCGGUGAGAAGAAACGUCGGGUCAGUAUGGAUGCUGGUUAUUCCGUUCUCAGUAGCGAUCUCGAAUCUUGCAGAAUGUAUGACCAAUAUUCCUAUAAGAGAAACGACAAUCUCGACUUAUCUUUAAACAUUCCGCAACAUCAUCAGACCUCGUAUCAUCACGACAGCUACAAUAUGUCUGACCAAACGUUUCAUACACCGAGUUUCGGUGAUGAGGACUUUGAUAUACCAACCAUCCAUCCUCAUUCGCAUCAGCAACAACAACAACAGCAACAUCAACAACAACAGCAACAUCAACAGCAACAGCAACAUCAACAACAACAGCAACAUCAACAGCAACAGCAACAGCAACAGCAACAUCAACAUCAACAACAGCAUCAACAACAGCAUCAACAACAACAUCAACAACACGACUCCAUGCAAGCAUAUGGUCAGCCACAGAUGAUGCAAGGUAAUGGUAUGCAGCAAUCACCAGAUAAUCUGAAUCUGGAUGCUAAUGGAUACCAGCAACAACUCUAUUUACAGCAAGAACAUUCGAUGCAACAAAUUAAUGUCAGCUCCGCAUAUGGCAGCUCCCAAGAUUCAUAUGCAACAAUGAAUUCUUCGCGUCAACAACAACACAGUGGUCAACAAUUGUUGAUGUUACAACAGCAACAACAGCAGCAGCAGCAGCAGCAAGUUCAAAUGCAACAUAUACAGUACAUGCAUUCCCAGCAGCAACUGCAACAACAACAACAACAACAGCAACAACAACAAAUACAAUAUAGAAGUCAGCAGCAGCAGCAGCAACAGCAACUGCAACAACAACAACAGCAACAACAACAAAUACAAUAUAGAAGCCCGACCGGAGGCAGUCCGACUGCUAUGCAAGUGAAUAAUAUCACGGAAACAAAUAACAAUACUACAACCAGUGAAGAUAGCGAUGACAGCACUCCGCAUUCCGGGAUGAUUACGGUGAUCAAGCGUGAGCCACCGUCGCCAGAAGCGGCUGAUGCUGGAGCGAAAAAUCAAAGAAAAGCAAAAGCACAAAAGAAAAAAAAGAAAAGAGAUCCUAACGAACCACAAAAACCAGUAUCGGCAUAUGCCCUUUUCUUCAGAGACACUCAGGCAGUGAUUAAGGGUAAACAUCCAAAUGCCAGCUUUGGUGAAGUAUCCAAGAUUGUUGCAUCAAUGUGGGAUGCAUUGGAUGUUGAGCAUAAAAAUUAUUAUAAAAAGAAAACCGAGGCAGCUAAGAAGGAAUAUCUGAAAGCUCUCGCGGCAUACAGAGCAUCGCUGGUGAGCAAAGGAGCAGGUGAAAAUGAACAGAAACAACAAGUACAACAGCCACAGCAACAAAUGCAAUACAGUGGAUACACGGGCUAUGCCAGCAACAAUGCGCAAGGAAAUGUAACUUAUCAGAUCUAUAGUCCCCAGCAUCAACCUUCGUCGCCUCAACAGCAACAGCAGCAGCAGCAACAGCAGAUGGCUAUUAAUAAAAAAUCACCCCAUCAUUUAGCGAUGCAAGGAAAUCAUCAACAACAGGGUUUAAUGGGCAAUGUAAUGGUACCACCACAUAUGACGCAACAACAACAGCAGCAUAUACAACAACAGAUCUCACAACAGCAAUACAUGCAGGUAUCUCAGCAACAAGUACAGCAAGUACAACAACAACAGCAGCAACAAAUGAUACAUAUGAGUCCAUCUAGAGCAGAGUAUAUAAAAGAGGAUUUAUCGAUUAAAUCUGAAACUUUGUCGAGUUGCUCCUCGCCAGUGAAUGCACAAGUGGCUAUGACGGGACAAGGACCAUCACCUUGUAUACAUCAAGGAUGUCCCAACCCUGCUAUAUCCAAUAACGAAUGGGAAGACGAAUAUUGCAGUAAUGAAUGUGUUGUCAGCCAUUGCAGAGAUGUAUUUAACACAUGGGUAUCAUCAAAUCAAAAUCCUCAACAAAACUAUUCCACAGUUAAAUAAGUGUUUUGCAAAAGAUGACAGCAUCAACUAAUGGCCUCACAAUAAUAAUGGCCCAUUAUUAAUUUGUAAAGUAAGAUAUUUAAAUAAAGAUAUAGAAAUAGAUAUUUAAACAUAUACAUACACACACACAUAUAUACAUGUAUGUAUGUAUGUAUAUAUGUAUGUAUGUAUGUAUAAACAGGGUGGGCCACUUAACUUUAUGAUAUAAAUUAUUUCUAUUAUGCAUGUAGUUACCGAAAGAGGUUUCCAAAAAAGUUUCAUAAUUUCAGAAGGAAAAUAUGAUUUAUGCAAACAGGUCUUUUUACAUGCGAUUUUUAUCAUAUGUCAACAUUAUCUCCAUUUUUUUAAUAGGAUCAUAUAUCCUUUCUUACAUAAAUCAAUUCUUUUCAUCAUUCUACACAUGAAAGUAUUAAGAUAAAAAUUAUCACUCUUCUAAUUAUUAAUUUUUUGAUAAUUCUACCUUAAUAUUUUUAUCUGUGAAAUAUUGAGAAAAGUCGAUUUAUAUAAAUCGAUAUAUAAGAUUAUAAAAAAAAUAUAUGAUCUUAUUUAAAAAAUGAAAAUAAUGUUAAAAUAUCGUUAAAAACGCAUGUUAUAAGAAAUCUAUUAUACGCAUUACAUUUUCCUCCUAAAACUAUGAAACUUAUGUUAAAAAUAUUUUUCGAUAACUGCAUACAUAACAAAAUAAUUUAGCCAUAAAAUUAGAUGCCCCUAUCCUGUGUAUAUAAAUAUAUAGAUAUAUGUUUGUAUAUGUAUGUAAGUAUAUAUGCAUACAUGUAUAUAUAAGUUGAUAAAUGACAACUUUUUCAAGUGUCAAAGCUAUUUGUGCAAUGCAAAUACAACACUAAAAAGGUUGAUAGAUCAUAAUAUACAAAUAUAUGGUAAUAAUAUACAGAUGUUUUGUGCCGUAUAUGCGUGCCAAUAAGCGAGCGAGCAAGAAAGAGGAAAAAAGAAGAAAAGAUUGAAGAAGUAAGGAGAGACAGAGAAAGAGAUGUGAAGUAAAAUUGUUUCUUCUUAGAAAGAAAACUUGAAAUGUAAAUUAUUGAAAAGCCUUAUUCAAAAACUCAUUCAAUACUCUGGCCAAUUACUCUGGUCCUCAUUUGUAACAAAUGUAUUGCAACUUGAGUAAUUUAUGAAUAAGUGCAUUUAUACACACACGCUUAUACACACACACACACACACACACACACUUAUUAGAUGUCAGUGAUAAUCAUCGUUUUUAUACUCUCAGAUACUCCUUACUAACAACCAAGGCGUGCCAAUUGUACAGACAUGUUUCUUUUCUGAUAUUGUACAGGUGAUGUCACAGUUUUCUAUAAUUCAUUGGCGAAAUAAACAAAGACUAGUUUUUUAAAUAUAAUUAUCUCAACUGUAUUUCUAAAUUUUUAGAAAUCAUAAUUAUGACAUAAUCAACAAAUAACACAGUACAAGCAAAUGAAAGCAGCAUGACAGGUUUAAAUAAGUCUCUGCACUAUGUUCAAUAUAUGUUUUGUUCAUAAUAUUAGGGCAAUGACCGAAGGUGGAAGGAGAAUUUAUGUAGCAUAUUUUAUAUUAUGUAUCAUGGCCAGUAAUUUUUGUAUGUUUUAUUUUAAUACAUGGAGUUUUGAAAAAAU